UCACUACUUCCGCAAAGGAUUGGCGCGAGAAUUGUUUACCUAGGAUUAAAAGCGCAAUGCGAUCAAGAACACAACUGCCACAAGUAGGACAGUUUGGUGAUUGGAUGAGAAACAGCCACAUUAAAGACCAUCCAUCACAUGGUUUUUUUCAAGAAUAUUCUCUUGAAUUGAAAAGUGUGAAAGCAGGCUAUCCAAUUCUAGCCAGUUCUGCAAAACAGGAAGAUAUUGACAUUUUUCUUCUACAGGGUAUUCAACACCAACAAGAGAAUGUAAACCAGGAACAGCAGCUGGAUGAGAGUGAGUGUAGUAGUCAGCCACCAUGCACUCCCACAGAUGGUGCAUCAUGCUUUGAAUUGGGAGGCUCACCGCUAAAGACCUCGUUCAUGGAUCUGGCAACUGGGAAAUUCAAAACUCCCGAAAAAAGAAAGCCCAGAAGUGUUAAAGGCGACUGGUACCCUAUAGACUCUGCACGUGCAAGAUAUUUUCUUUCACUGUAUGCACUGGCAUGUAACCCAUGCAUUCCUCCAGAUGAUAGAGUAAUAGACAGCACUGUAGAAGACUUGCCUCCUUUAUGGGUGUUGUGUAAUGGACAUGAUGUUGAACACACGGUGUAUGUAGGAAGUGAGGUUGUCAAACGCAAGGACUACAUGGGUUUGUCAACAUACACUGUGACAAUAGAUGGGCCAUUCGAAAAACACAGUAGAAGCAUUAUGACGAUUGAAGAUGUGGUGAAAAGCAACUUAUGGGGUGGAUAUCAUUCGCUUGGUCCCACAAAGGCACAUGCAUCAUUUGUACUACUAGGAGACCACUGGGACAACAAAAGCAGCAACAUUGAGCUUGAUAUUAGGUGGGAGAUGGUUCACAAGGUGCUACAGAAGCCACCCAACAAUGCAGCUGCUACCGCCCAUGUAAAGAUAGUGCCAGGAGACCCAACGAUACCUACUUAUGCAUUAUACAAGGAACUACGUUUCUUAAAGAAUCUGCACAGUGCUUUAACAAUAGGGGAGAUUACUUGGCAGAAUGAUAAUAAUGAAUCUACAACAUUGGCAGCAGUCAAAAUGCUGAUUGAAGAAUUUGAUGUCAGAUUAGACAAUACACGGAAAGAAGAGAAAGAUGAUUUACACAAUGACACAAGACAGCUUAUGUCCGACUCGAAUGCUAUGCUGCAAAGGGUCGAUCUCGACUUCACAGACAAGCUCUGGAACAUACUCAUUGAAUCGUCAUCAUACACAGAGCUCCUUGACAGCUUCAGAGAAGUAUUCACAGCCUUGCAAGCUGGACAUAUUGAACCAAUGGUUAAUCAACGAAAUAACACUCAGCUGGCACGCUUGGUGCGUGACUCCUACAGUGGCAAGAUGGCCACCCCAGACCUGACAGGUGCACUACCACUGCAGCUCCUCCUGGAGAUUGGAAUCGAAAAGCUUACCGUUGACUACGUCACUGCCUUCCUAGCCACGGAAGUCGUGCACCUGUUUGACCUUGACUACUACCUGGCGACGAGUCGCGCGGACUACGGCUGUCAGCUUCGCGUCACUGAGAAGCUGCACGCUGUCGCCGAGCUGCUCGUCCUCUGCAAGGUGUUCCUCGAGCUGCCCGACAAGCAGCUGGGAAUAUUCGCAAGGCAUGCUCUUAAACAAAUGGAACAUUCGGAUGAUGAGGAACCAGAAUUUACAAUGCCGUUACCUUUCGAAAACGUGAUGUCAAGCUGUCAGUCGGAUGCACCAGCGAUGUGGGGGAUUGAAGUAAGCACAGAGCGUGACCAGCAAUAUCUGACUACACGCUAUGAACUCAGUACAGCUGUCCCGUUUCCACACAUGUGGAAGGAAGACGCAGAGACAGGUGGCAGCAGUACGCGUCACACAGAUGGAAGAGAUGAGGAUGUGAGGUAUUUCUGCACUCUCAUUCGGCACAGCCACAUGCAAUUUCUUUAAAAAAAACUUUCAAGUAUUUAAAUUAAUUAAUUAAUUGUAACUAUUUUGAAAUACAUUCACAGCUAAAACAAUUAUUUGAUAGGUGAUAUAAUGGCUGUAAGUUUCUGUAAAAAUAUUCAGAAUAUCACCACGUAUUUCAGCACUGGAUAUCGUCUUAAAAAUAAUUUUGAAAAGUUACCUUAUUCUGGAAAUGAAUUUGAACAUGAAGUAUAAGUAAAUUAAGGUGUCUGCAAAAUUUUCCCCCUACGUGGUAAUUGAUUGCUGCCAAGAUAACCCUGGUAUAUAAAUGAUAUGUAUUUUUACAAUUAAUGAUAUAUGUGUACAUGAUGUGUUAUUGGUUAUUAAAUAGCAAUUAUAAGGCUCUAUAA